AUGCCUAAUAUACUAACAACAUCGGUAUUUCAUUUCACUGAUGCCCAGGGGUGGAUGCACGUUGGGACAAGAAGGGUCGGACAACCCCUUGGAAGGCUGGAAAAUUGGCAAGGGACUCCAUUGAAGCCCCCUUGCACAGCUACUGGAAGCCCCCUUGGAUGCACGCCAACUGGUCGAUGA